AUGGGUGAUCAGGUUCCCGAGGAACAGAUUCCCGACGAAGUUAAAUACCAGAAGCACACUCCGGUAUUCAGCCACUCCAGAGUCUCCCCGGAUUCGAAGAGGGUUGCCUUCCUUCAAGUCUUCCCAAAUCGACGCUUUCGUGAUGGAUGGAAGAAACAUGCUAAUAUUCCAUCCUACGACCGCCCCCCAAGGGAUCUUGCACGAGACAUGGCUAUGAUACGGGCCGCGCUCGAGGGCUUAAUCCCGACCACAAAUAAGGCUGCGAACAUUCCCAGACCUCCCCAGACAGCAACGGAGCUGAAGGAUGCCAGCUCUGGGUGGUCCGCCACCUAUCGUGUCUUCUCUAUCGAGUCCUCGCAGCCCCUUCUUACUACAUCCAUUGAAAUCAACUUAUCCACCUUGGACGUAGCAUUGUGCCUCCGGCAAGGACUGUGCGCAGAUGACCAGGAGUGGUCUUGUUCAUUUCCCCUCUCCAUCAGCCCAGAAUUGGACAUGUUCACCGUGCUUCACAAUCUUAUCUGCGUGAGAAAUGGCAAGCUAUUCCAGCAAGUCAUUUCCUUGGACGGACCAAUCACUCACCGAUGGGACACCUGGAGCAAGGUGAACAGUGAUGCCACCAGGGAACACACGGCUGUUCGAUCUGACAUUUACCGCUACCAGUUUACCUGGAGCCCAGACGGAAAGUAUCUACUCUUUCAUGAUCUCCAAAUGCAGCCACUGUCCUGGGUCAACAACGGUACUUGUGCCGUUGUCAUCGGUAUCGCCAACCGGCGUGAUUGUCGGAAGAGAGUUGGGCUGGUCAACUACUUCACUUCGACUUCAUUCAGUAGUGGGUUCCAAGACUGCCAGUUUCACCCCACGGAGACUUUGCUCCUUUUCCGAGACGAGGCGAAAACCUAUCUCUGGCGGUUUUUGAAGGACAAGGACCCAAUGGUCCUGGAUUUGGACGGCGGACCCGAAGGCCAGGCCGCGUCUCUAGUCGACCGAGUAUCGUUCACUGCAUGCGGAGAAAAACUUGCAGUCUCACGCCUGAGAGCCGAACUGCCAGACUUCGUCGCCCUCAGCGACUUCUUGAGCAUGCUUUAA